ACUCGCACUCGCACGUCGUACGAUUUGUUGGUUAUUUUUACGAAUAAUUUACAGUGAGAUGUCCAAAAAGAAAUUAUUCGAUGAUGAUUUAGAUGAAGAAGAUGUCAGCUUCAAAACAGAAAACGAGUACGCUAAGAAAUAUGAUAAUUGGCGGGAAAAAGAGGAAUUAUACAAGUUAGAACAAAAGUAUGGGUCAAAACCUCUAUCAUCUGACGCUUCGGUGUCAUCCGACAGCGAGGAUGAGAGCGAUGAGCCCCCGGAGGUCUCCGAGGAGAUGGAGACUCAGUUCCUCAAGACCCUUGCGCUGUUGAAGACCAAGGACCCCAAGAUCUAUGAUCCCAACUACAAGUUUUUUGAUGAGACAGAGAAGAAAGUUGAAGAAGCGAAGCCUGCAGCCAAGACCCUCACAUUUGAAGACAGUGACGAUGAGGACAGCAAUGACGGCAACAUAUUUACGGUGGAAAAGAAAGCCGAAAUAGCUGCCGAGGCACCUACUAAGAAAUCAGCUGAUUCUAAGAAAACUGAUAAGGAAGGAAAAAUAAAGGACUUCCUGACGGGUAAGGUGGAGCACAUUGAUGAGGAUGUGGAACAACAGCUGGCGCCCCUGAAGGCUCUGUGGUCGGACCCCAAGCUGAACGAGGGGGAGGCCUUCCUUAGGGACUACAUACUAAACAAAAGAUACCUGGAGGAAGGCGACGUAGGUGACGCGGACAAGCUGCGUGAUGAUGAAGACCUAGAGGAAGACGAGCGCCGCGUGGAGGAGCAGGGCAAGUUCGAGCGCGCGUAUAACUUCCGCUUCGAGGAGCCUGAUGACGAAUAUCUAAAGCGCUACCCGCGCACCAUGAGCUACACGCGGCCCAAGGACGAGCGCCGCGCGCGCAAGCGAGCCGAGCUGCGCACGCGCAAGGAGGAGGAGAAGAGACGCAAGAUGGAGGAGAUCAAGCGGAUGAAGGCGCUCAAGCUGAAGGAGAUACAGGAGAAGAUCGCUAAGAUAAAAGAAGUUACUGGGAACGAGGACCUGGCGUUUAAGGAGGAGGACAUAGAGGGUGACUUCGACCCCGCGGAGCACGACCGCCGCAUGCAGGCGUUGUUUAAUGAAGAGUUCUACGGAGAUGUCGACGAGCACAAACCUGUCUUCCCUGACCUCGACGAGGAGCUUGAGAUCGAAAAUUGGGACAAGUAUGAGCCGGAGGAGGCGAAGAAUGCGGAGGGCGACGACGGGCCACAUUGCGAGGAUGAAGACUUUAAUAUGGACGCAGACUACGACCCGAAGCAAGCGAGAGCGACCCUGCUAGAAGAAAUACAGAGCACAUUAGGCAAGAAACGUCGCAACCGCAAGAAGAAGUCUAAGUUAGCAGAGAUCCUCACCUCGGACAAGCCCAAGUUUGUUCCAACUGUCGCUGAUAAGACGUACGAUGAGUAUAUGGAGGAGUACUACAAGAUGGACUGUGAAGACGUCAUAGGCGGUGACCUGCCGACGCGGUUCAAGUAUCGGGAGUGCGUUCCUAACGAUUACGGGUUGACUAUUGAAGAGAUCCUGCUGGCGGACGACAAGGAGCUGACGCAGUGGGUGCCGCUCAAGAAGAUAGUGAAGCAUCGCCCCGCCGACGUGGAGAAGAGCGACGUGCACACAUACCGGGCGAAGGCGGCGGACGAGCGGCUCAAGAAGAAGGUGCUGCCGAGCCUCUUCAAGAACUUGCCCGAAGAACCGGAAAUAGUAGUGCCACUAGAAGAAGCAACCAAAAAGAAGAAGAAGAAAAAGAAGAACAAAGAUAAAAAGAAAGAAGAUCAAAUUACAAAUGAUGAACAGCAAAGUAAAUCAAAUGCUACAGAAAAUAAUGAUGAAAGUAGCGCAGCUGAGGUAAAUAACAGUACAGAAGCUAAAAUAAAGAAAAAGAAGAAGCAUAAAGAAAGAAGCGAGAGUAGCAUUCUUCUAGAAGAUAAUGUAGAAGCUAGUCCUAAGAAACACAAGGAAAAGCAUAAAACUCAUGAAGAAAAUUUAGAAACUAACGAAAAUAGUGAAUAUAAUAAACCAGAAGGGAAAAAGAAUAAGCAGAAAGGGAGUGAGAGCAAUCAAGACGGUACAGUCGAGCCUAAUGUAGAAAUUAGUGAAAAGAAACAUAAGAAAAAGCAUAAAAAAAUAAUUGAAAAUGAAGAAAAUAGCAACAUUCAAAGUAAAGAAGUUGACAUAGAAACGAUACAGUCGCAAGAUAAUGUUUUUCGUGUAAAUGGUACAUCUACAGAUGUCAGUAAAAAGAAAAAUAAGAAAAAGAAACACAAAUCCGAUGGUUUUGUCAUAGAAAAUGUUAGAAACGCUGAACCUAGUCACGUGGGCCAUGAAGGAAGUAAGAGAAAGGAUUCGAUCACAGAAGAAGAUUUACCGAAAUCAGAUCUAAAACGCAAAUUAGAUCAACAUGACCAAGAACCAAGUAAGAAGCAGAAGAAAUUCGACAACAAGGGCAAGAAAGACUUUAAAAAUAAUAAAAAGACCUUCAAGCAAAAAGAUAUGUUCAAAAAUAAACAAGGCAAAGACAACGCGUCGGAUAAUCCUCUCAACAAGCUUUCAGAUGAACGGCUAAAAGCGUACGGGUUAAAUCCUAAGAAAUAUAGAAGUUUCUUGAAGUACAAGAAGUUCUAAAUAUUUUAUUUUUAAUAAAACUUUGUUAAGGAAAAGUUGUAAAUGAAUUGUUUUUUAUUAAAAAUUUCUAAAUUAUUUCCUAAAUAUGAUUCAACAUAAACUAUAACGUGCACAUCGAAGUAGGCAAGUCUACAACUCUUCAAAAGAACCAAAUACUAUCUACGAAGUAAACUUGGCCGGACUUGUAAUUUG